CCCCAAGAAGACUCCCUGCCUCCUGAGUCCCGAAAACACAAGGUCAUUCUCUGAUUUCGGCAGUUGGGCACAACUUCGUUGCUGGGAAAAGGUGAUUUCAAGGCCAAGACAGAAGAGAGAACUCUCACCACCAAAUUGCAAAGGGAAUACAUUGCCAGAAUUUGGAAUACUUUCUUGGACAAACAUUUCUCCAGGGAGGAUGGAGCCCUCGGCACCCUCACGUCACCACCUUUGAAGGACUGAUUCCGUCAGCUUGUGCCAGUUCCUGCCCCCACCAUGGGGCCUGCGGGCAGCGUGGUGAGCGGGGACCAGAUGCAGAUCGUCCUGUGGGGGAGUUUGGCCGCUGUUGCCACUUUCUUCCUCAUCACCUUCCUCAUCUUCCUGUGCUCUAGUUGCGAUAGGGAAAAGAAGCCGAGACAGCACAGCGGGGACCAUGAGAACCUGAUGAACGUGCCUUCAGACAAGGAGAUGUUCAGCCGUUCAGUUACCAGCCUGGCAACAGAUGCACCUGUCAGCAGCGAACAGAACGGGGUGCUCACCAAUGGGGACAUUCUUUCGGAAGACAGUGCUCUGACCUGCAUGCAACAUUACGAGGAAGUCCAGACCUCAGCUUCGGAUCUCCUGGACUCCCAGGACAGCACAGGGAAGCCAAAAUGUCAUCAGAGUCGGGAGCUGCCCAGAAUCCCUCCUGAGAGCGCGGUGGACACCAUGCUCACGGCAAGAAGUGCGGAUGGGGACCCGGGGCCGGGGACAGAAGGGCCGUACGAAGUGCUCAAGGACAGCUCCUCCCAAGAAAACAUGGUGGAGGACUGCUUGUACGAGACUGUGAAGGAAAUCAAGGAGGUGGCGGCAGCCACACACAUGGAUAAAGGCCCCAGCGGCAAGUCAAAGUGUACUUCUACCUUGAAAGAGCUUCCCGGGCCCCACACCGAGGGCAGAGCAGAGUUCGCCGAAUAUGCCUCCGUGGACAGAAACAAAAAGUGUCGCCAAAGUGUGAAUGCAGAGAGUAUUCUUGGCAUUUCGAGUGAUCCAGAAGAGGAGGCGCCGCCACCUGUCCCUGUCAAACUUCUGGAUGAGAAUGAAAACCUUCAGGAGAAGGAAGGGAGAGAGGCAGGAGAAGAAAGAGCCACGGAGAGGACCAGUGAAACCAACAAGAGAUUUAGUUCAUUGUCCUACAAGUCUCGGGAAGAAGACCCAACUCUCACAGAAGAAGAAAUCUCAGCCAUGUACUCAUCAGUGAAUAAACCUGGACAGUUGCUCAAAGCGCCAGAGUCCACCUACACCUCCAUUCAAGGGGCCCCUCAGAGGUCACCCUCCUCCUGCAAUGAUCUCUAUGCUACUGUUAAAGACUUUGAAAACACACCACACAGCACACUUCCACCAGCAGGGAUACCCAACGAGGAGCCAGAGCCUGAUUAUGAAGCAAUACAGACUCUAAACAGAGAGGAAGAAAAGGCCCCCCCGGGGACCAACGGCCCCCAUGGCCUCGUCCCAAAGGAGAACGACUACGAGAGCAUUAGCGACUUGCAGCAAGGCAGAGACAUCACCAGGCUCUAGCGACCCAGAAGACAACCCCAGACAGCCUGUGAUCGGCAUCUGGGGACAUUUCUUCUGUGGAAGAGAAGUGGUGACACAAACCUGUACCUUACAUGCUGCUCUAGUCAACUGAAGACAGUCGGAGAUGCCGGGACCGUUUGCCCAGUUUUCCAGUUUCUGAGACAGCGAGGCACGGACCUGGCUGCACCUGAGUGCGCAGCUGCCCGCCGGGGCGACGAGCACACCUGGCGCGUCUCCCUGUGCGCCCUCGCCCUCCGCCGAAGGCCCGGCUGUCCCUGGCCUCGUUCCACUGCCGAGGAAGCCAAGCCGUGAGGAAGAACUGCGCUCGCCAAGAACUGCGCCCCUGCCUGAAAUACUGCCAUUCGGGAGAGCCAGGUUUUUCCUCCUCUCUUCCCUUUUCUCUGUCUGCUACUGACUUGAAAACGUAUGGCUUUCCCCCUUGAAAUGUUUUUAUUUCUAUGGUCCAUUCCAAGGAGAUUCUCCCAUGAGGCUUGCCCACAGGUGUUUUAGGGCGGUGAGAGGCCAGGUUGCUGGUCACCGCGCAGCGCGCCUGUCCUCUCAAAGAGCCGCGUGUCAGCACCUGGGAAUCUGACCCCUCCAGGGGAACGGGAUGAAGGGGGACAUCCUUGGGUCUCUUCAGGCUUUGUUCCUUCUUAUUUUGGCACUCUGCGUCAGCAGCCUCUCCCCAAAGUACUUGAAGUCGGUUUUAGAUGCUUUCUUUUAUUUUUCUAGUCACAACAUUUUUUCCCCAGUGUUUGAAAACGCGUCAGAGCCUUUUCAGUAUUUUCAAUGAAUAUUGUGGUACUUGUAUACUUGUUUAAGCCCAGAAAACAGAGAGCCUUAAUCUUUAUGUUGGGACACAGACCACGUACUUGGACAGCAGCCAUCCUCCAUCUCCAAAGGGCUGUGGACGUGAAUGUGUAUUUCCAUGAUCUCUGCUGCCCACACCCACAGCGUGGGGUCGUCUAAGUUCACUGCUACCCCAAGG